AAACACAUUAAUAAAAAAUCAAAAACCUUUAAGAUUAAAUGUUAAACUCCAAGAACAGGAAGAAAACCAGAUUUUGGGGAAAUGAAAUCUAUGGAGCUUUGCAAGAAUCUUUGAGGUGGCGAUCCACAGAGAAGAAGGAGGCAGAGGAGGAACCAUGGCCGAUGGAAGCUGCGGAGGAGGAACCACGGCCGAUGGAAGCCGGAGAGGACACGACGUAUCAAAGAACAAUGGCUGUGAUUUGGCGAUCUCAACUCAAAGAACUUGAAGAACACGGCAUAUCAAGGCCUGAGUCUCCCCAUUACCAGCGUUCUCAACUUGAAGAACGCCUGCAAGGAUCUUCAUGCACUUGUGCGUCACAAGAGCACGAAUCUGGUGCACCACACUCCAGCUUCCGUUCACCAUCCCAACCUUCCUCCUCGUUUUACCUCCCUUCUUCUCGCCUUUGGCCAUUUUCUUCUGCGGGAGAGGAGGAUGCCAGUUUGAGACUUGAAGCCGAUUGUCAAGCCGUUGGUGAAGAGGUGUUAACGAGUGCCGGAAGGGAUAGGUUCAGGGACAGGAGAAUGGGGCAGAAGGGAGAGGAAGGUUGAAGGUGAGAGUGAGUGAGGAGAGAUAAGUUAAGGCUAGGGUUAAGAAGUCUGGGUUGGGCUAAUUUUUAUGGGCUGGGUUGGGUGGAAUAAAAUUGAGUUAAAUUU